AUGGCAGACGCUACUACGACCAAAGCUCCAGGUGGUUUGACUCCUCGUGAAGGAGAAGUCGCUCUUGCUGCUCUUCAGUGUGUCAAAGGUGGUGAUAUUCAGAUCGACUAUGCCGCACUUUGCGACCGUCUUGGUUUCAAAAACGAGGCUUCAGCGAGGACCGCCUGGUGCGUAGUCAGGAGGAAGCUCUUCACUGACACGAAGUCAUCCACCGAUGAACCGGGCACGCCAAAGGCCAAAACACCUCGCAAAGCCAAAGACUCGAAUGUCGCUACACCAAAGCCAGCUCCAAAGGCUUGUGCUGGAGCCGCCGCCGACAAGGAUGGUGGUGAUCAUGACAACGGUGACGAUGAGAAGAGUGGCUCUGCUCCCGCUGUUGCCGCCGGCGACGCGAAUCGAUCUGAAGAAGCCCCAACUACACCCAAGACUCCUACGACCCCCAAGAAGCGGUCCCGCAAGACUAAAGCAGAGAAAGAAGCCGAGGCCGCUGCCAACGGUGAGGCUGCUCCAGGCGACGGUGACGAGGACGAGAAGCCGCCGAAGAAGCGGAGAACUCCCGCCAAGAAGAAGGUGACCGAAAGUGAAAACAAUGGUGAGAUGGACGGCGACACUAAAGCUACUCCUGCCAAAGGGAAGAAAGCUUCCACUCCCCGCAAAUCUGCCACUGCUGCCGCCGACAAAGUCACCGAUGCAGCUGGUCCUGGAGAGGAAGAAAUUGCAGCUGUAAAAGUUGCCACCCCGAUCAAGAAGAAGGAUGGUGUCUCAGACGAGCCAGAGGCGUCCCGUACUGCCGUUUCCACUGGUGCCAGUGCCUCCAAAGUGAUGAAUGCCGAUGUCAACGGAAGUGUUGGCGACACAGCGAGCGCAGCUGUCGAAUCCGUUGCGGCCAAAGCCACUGAAGUCCUGGCGAGGGCGGCUGGCGCUAAUUGA